UACCGGAUAGAGAAAUCUCCGAUCUCUAUCGCCGAUUUAUUACAUCAAAAUUUGUUACUAAAGGAAAAGAGUUGAUAUGGUAUUUUAAAUGUACAUAAAUUAUGAUAAAUAUGGUUCUUCUUUGGAGAUCCUAUUCGGGGUGUUGUAUAAAAGCUGCAAAGUUUACUAGAUAUUUCCGCAUGUAUCACGUAUCAAAUCAUUUUACUUCUGUACGAAAAUGUCCAAACGUGGUAAUAGUACCUGUUACAACAGCACCAUUCAUUGCUCAAAAAUAUAACAAUGAAAUUAAAGGUUUAACCCAAAUUGUAACUGGAAAUAAUAUUAAGGGUAACUUAUGGCAGCCGAGCCCAAAUACCCAGUUAAAACACAUGAGUUAUUUUCAAAAAUUGUCGAAAUUUCGUUUGACGUCUCUUGUGGUUAUAACUGCGAUGAGUGGAUAUGCAUUGGCCCCUGCUCCUUUUGAGCUCUAUUCUUUUCUAUCAUGCUCGUUGGGUACGGGCUUGGUUUCUGCUGCCGCGAAUGCCAUUAACCAAUAUCAUGAAGUACCAUUUGACUCUCAAAUGUCUAGAACUAAAAAUCGCGUUUUAGUAACUGGACAGAUAACACCUCUCCAUUCAAUUGAAUUUGCUGUUACAUCAGCAACGGCGGGGUUGAGUUUGCUAUAUUUUGGAGUAAAUGGGUUAACAGCUACUCUAGCAGCUUCGAACCUGUUUUUAUAUACAUCUGUAUACACGCCUUUAAAAAGAAUAAGUAUUAUAAAUACAUGGAUUGGAUCACUGGUGGGUGCUAUUCCUCCGCUAAUGGGAUGGUCUGGUUGCACUGGAAACCUCGAUGUAUCAGCAUUUGUGCUAGCAGGAGUACUCUUUGCCUGGCAAUUCCCUCACUUUAAUGCAUUGUCAUGGAAUCUCCGGCCCGAUUAUUCGCGUGCUGGAUAUCGAAUGAUGUCUGUGACUAAUCCUGCACUAUGUCGACAAACAGCUUUGAGAUAUACUGCAUUAAUUGCAUUGUUAUCCGCAUCUGCGCCUGUUUUAAAUUUAACUUCAUAUUGGUUUGCGUUGGAAUCAUUUCCUUUAAACGCUUACUUCUUAUAUUUGGCGUACAAAUUUUAUAAAAAAUCGGAUAGUAAUACUUCGAGGAUGUUAUUUCGUUUUUCCCUUAUCCAUCUACCAUUAUUGAUGUUGCUAUUCUUAUUGAAUAAAAAGCGAUGGUUUAUAACAGAAAAUAAAAGUUACGUUCCUGAGUUGCAUAUGAGAGAAUUUGGAUGUGUAAAUUCUGUGAGUGAACAAUCGGCUACAUCAAAACUAAUUAUGUAAAAUAAUGUAAAUAUAGUAAUAAACAUUAAUGUGAUGUAAAUAAAUUAUAUUAUAAAUAAUUUCUUUAAUAAUGUAAUAAGAAACACAUGUUGCGAGGAAAAUUCACGUUUAAUAAAUCUCAGCCCAUCCUCAAAUUUAUAUAGAUGGCUAUAUAUCUACAUUGCAAAAGUUUAAACCCUACGAGUAAGAGUCGUUUUGAACUAUAGAGUUGUGCAAGGGUCGAAUCGUUACAUUCGUGCCCGGAUCGGCAAACAUACGAAAGAAAAUUACAUGAUACGUCAAUCGUAUGCGGGGAUAGGCACUAUGACAUACGAAAGAAAACGGCUCAUAAUGUAUUAUCAAUUCAAAAUAGUUUUUAAAUUCCUCAUUGCUUUGGAUCGCAUUUUUACGUCAAAAUAGAUGUGGAACUGUCAAACCUGUUGUAAAAUUUUCAAUAAACUAACAAAAGCUAAUUAAAUAUCAAAA